AAGACCGGAUGUGUACCGAAGCUAUGGCGAUGGCUCUCAACUUACUUUUCCUUGUAUUGAUCACACUUUUCCAUGUAUUGAUCACAUCAGUGAUUUUACAAACCGCGACAUCGAGCACCUUCAAAUCGAUUUACCUGGUGACAGUCAGCUCGGAGGUGGUAGGAGGGACCACAGAGAAACUUUGUGCUCAGGUCCAACAAGCCACAGAGCCUAUGUUGUUGAAUGUGUCAAUGGAGAUGGAGGAUGGCAGCAGCACCAUUCUACUGAAGGAAGCCGUAACACAGGACUUCUAUCACUGCACCUCCUUCCAGGUUCCCCCAGUGAAGGCUGACAGUGUGGCAACUGUCUAUGUUAGCAUCAAGGGGAGGAAGGAGGAGAUGAGCAAAAACACCAAGAUCCUUAUCAAGCCCAAAAGAUUCCUCACCAUUUUCCAGACAGACAAACCAGUCUACAAACCUGGACAGACAGUCAAGUUCCGAAUCGUCUCGCUGGAUGCCAGUUUCUUGUCAUUCAAUCAGAUGUAUCAAACAGUGGAGCUUCAGGACCCCAACUCCAACCGCAUUGCUCAGUGGUUGAACCAGUCAACAGUGAGUGGAAUUCUGGACCUGUCCCACCCCAUGUCCGCAGAGGCAAUGCAAGGAAGUUACAUCAUCACUGCAUGGAAUGAGAAGGGAGAACAAACCUCCCAAAACUUUGACAUCAAAGAAUAUGUUUUGCCCAAAUAUGAGGUGAAAGUCCAUCUUCCCCAAACAAUAACUAUUCUGGACAAAGAAGCAACACUGAGAGUUUGUGGAAAAUACACUUAUGGAAAACCAGUGGUGGGGUCUGUUACGGCGAAAGUUUGCAGAAAUGCCAUUCAAUAUCGUUGGUUAUAUGAUUCUAGUAAUAUCUGCGAGUUGUAUCUUAUGAAAACCGACAAAACUGGUUGUGCAACCCAAAUGAUCGACUUGACCCAGUUCGGUCUACAUGACUCUUUUGGGGACUUCGAAGUGGAGACUGAGAUGGAGGAAUACGGAACGGGAGUCAUCCUUAAAGGUAGUGGCAAGGCAAGCUUCACCAAUGUCAUCAUAACUGUUCGUUUUGAGGACGUGCCCCAAGCAUAUAAACCAGGAAUUGCAUACGAGGGGAAGAUCAAAGUGACCGGUCCAGACUCUACUCCCGUUCCCAAUGAGCCUGUGUAUCUCUUCCUACACAACAGUGGCACAUCUGAGAACUGGACUCUCACCACAGACAGCAAUGGCAUUGCUUCUUUCUCUCUAGACACCUCUUCGUGGAGUUCUGAUUAUAUGUCUCUGUCGGCUCGUUAUCAAAAGGUUGAGGAGGAUUAUCUGUACGAGCAGGGUGUGCGUAGACCAGAAUAUUCAUCCGCUUACCAUUUCGCAUGGAAAUUCUAUUCCAAGAGCAAGAGCUUUGUGAAGAUAAUGCAGGGCGAAGGGAAGUUCUCCUGUGAGAAGGACGGGAUUGUUCUUGCUCGCUACAUCAUCCAAGGGGAGGAGCUGAUAAAGGGACAGACGACCCUGGACUUUUUCUAUCUGGUUAUAUCUAGAGGCAGCAUUCAGCAGCAUGGCCGUCUUCCUGUGACCGUUAAAGAAGGAAAAGUUAAUCAAGGGGAGCUGACGCUCUCGCUGCAGCGGAUGCCUGAGCUGACCCCUUUUGCCCAGGUGGUGGUGUACACCGUGUUGCCUGAUGGGGAGGCAGUAGCAGACAGCCGAGACUUCCCCAUUCACCUCUGCCUGAAAAACCAGGUGUCCCUGACGUUCUCGUCCCUCCAGGAGUUGCCAGGGGAGAAGACCUCUCUGAGCCUCCAGGCCCACCCAGGGUCUCUGUGUUCUCUCAGGGCCAUUGACCAGAGUGUGCUGCUGCUACAGCCUGAACAGGAGCUCAGCCUAGACUCUGUCUUCAGUCAGCUGCCUAUUCAGAAGUUGUCUGGAUAUUCAUACAGAGUAGAAGACCCCUACCCAUGCCUUCAAUAUCCUCCAAUCAUUGAAGAGGAGAUGAUGCUCCUUUCACUCGUACCUGAACCGGCCGAGGAGUUUGUAGCAUCACCCGUACCUGAUUGGGAAAAACGCUCAUUCUGGUUUGGCCCCAACAACGACAAAAGCGACGCCUACAGCAUCUUUAAAGAAGUUGGAAUCAAGAUCCUGACCAACUCUGACGUGAGAGAACCUUACGACUGUAACGCACUCUUUGCAAUGAAACAAAAUGGUAUGAUCGGAGCGGUUCGUCCCAUGAACAUGAUGCCAAAUGGGCAUAUGGCACCAGCCCCUGGAGCCGCUGACGGGACUAAGGAGACUGUCCGCACAUACUUCCCUGAGACCUGGAUCUGGGACCUGGUUCCUGUGGGAGAUACAGGAAAAGUGAAUGUUGAGAAGACUGUUCCAGACACCAUCACUAAGUGGGCUGCAGGGGCGUUCUGUACUUCCCCAGUGGGUUUUGGCCUGGCUCCCAACACUGGCCUCACUGCCUUCCAACCCUUCUUUGUGAGCCUGACACUGCCCUACUCUGUCAUCCGGGGGGAGGUGUUCACACUCAAGGCCACAGUGUUCAACUACCUCUCCAAGUGUAUCAUGGUGAAGGUGACUCUAGCUGAGUCGGACCAGUUCACAGCCAGGCCAUGUGAAGGCUGCCAGUACACCCUGUGUCUGUGUGCUGAGGAGAGCAGGACCUUCAAGUGGAUCCUCACCCCAACUGCUCUGGGGGAGGUGAGUGUGAAAGUGAGCGCUGAGGCGUUGAAGACUGAGGAGCUCUGCGGCAACGAGGUGGCCACAGUGCCAGAGAAAGGACACAUUGACACCAUUGUGCAAACACUGCUGGUGGAGGCCGAGGGAACCCAGGAGACGGUCAGCCACAACGCUCUGCUCUGCCCUGCAGAGGGCCCAGUGGAGAAGGACAUCUCUCUGAAGCUGCCUGAGGUGUUUGUGGAGGGCUCUGCCAAGGCCUCCCUUUCAGUACUGGGUGACCUGAUGGGUCGGGCCAUGAAGAACCUGGACAGCCUGUUGCAGAUGCCCUAUGGCUGUGGAGAGCAGAACAUGGUGCUGUUUGCUCCCAACAUCUACAUCCUCAACUACCUGCAGAGCACCAGGCAGCUCACCAUGGAGAUCCAGACCAGGGCCACAGGCUUCCUAGAGAGUGGUUACCAGAGAGAGCUCAACUACAAGCAUGACGAUGGCUCCUACAGUGCCUUUGGGCAGAGCGAUGAGUCUGGAAACACCUGGCUCACCUCCUUUGUGCUGAAGUCCUUUGGCGGGGCCAAGCCCUACAUCUUCGUGGAUCCCACCCACAUUGCCCAGGCCAAGGCCUGGUUGGCCAGUCACCAGCAGAAGGAUGGCUGCAUUGCGUCAGUGGGGAAACUCUUCCAUAACGGCAUGAAGGGAGGGGUCGGGGAUCAGGUGUCGCUCACUGCCUACAUCACCGCUGCACUGCUGGAGCUGGAUGGCAACACUUCUGACCCCAUGGUGGAGAAGAGUCUGGCGUGUCUGAGGGCAGCAGUGUCUGACCAGCUGGAGAACACCUACACCACGGCCCUGCUGUCCUACACCUUCACCCUGGCCCAAAACCAGGACAUGAGGGCCAAGCUCAUCACCCACCUGGACAAGAUAGCUGCUACCUCAGGUGGCAAUCGUCACUGGGAGAGAGCAGAGGCUUCUGGGACAAAGACUGACUCUCUGGAGGUGGAGAUGACAUCCUACGUGCUGUUGGCACUGCUCUCAGGCCCCUCCAUGCCAGGCUUUGGGCUUGGCUACUCCACCGGCAUCGUCCGCUGGCUGGCCCAGCAGCAGAACCCGUACGGAGGCUUUGCCUCCACACAGGACACAGUGGUAGCACUGCAGGCCCUGGCCAAGUACGGCGCCGCCACCUUCAGUCCAGAGGGUGCCAGUACAGUCAGUGUGAGCUCGGCCAGAGGCCUGAAGAUGGAGUUUACUGUGAAUCAGAACAACAGGCUGCUCUAUCAGGAGGAGCAGCUGAAUGAGGUCCCUGGGGACUACAACAUCAAGGCACAGGGCAAGAGCUGUGUGUUUGUGCAGAUCGCCAUGCACUACAAUAUUCCCCCUCCUCCUGACUUCUCUGCUUUUAACAUCUCAACACAGACGCUGGGGAAAUGCGACGGCACCAAGAAAUCUCUGACAGUGUCUGUGAAUGUCAGGUACAACGGUCGGCGAGAGGAGACCAACAUGGUGAUCAUCAAUGUCAAGCUUCUCUCCGGCUUCGUCCUGGACAAGUCCUCCCUCAAGCCUUUGAGAAAUGACCCCACUGUCAAACGAGUUGACCUGGAGGAAGGACAUGUCAUCAUCUACCUAGAUGGGCUUAAGCAGAAGGAAACUAAGACGUACAGCCUGGCCAUAGAGGAGGAUGUGCCUGUGAGGAAUCUGAAACCAGCUGUGGUGAAAGUGUAUGACUACUACCAGACAAGUGAUGAAGCUGUAAGUGAAUACAGCUCCCCAUGUGCAGAGAGCGACAGUCAAUGAAGUGUGACAGACAGAGAGCCAAUCACAAGCUGACUGGACCAGGGCUCAACCAAUUGCUUUCCUAUGUAGGAAGUGUUUUUUAUUUUUAGGCAGAGCUCAUAGAACCUCUCAAUUUAUUUGAUUUGAUGCUUACAGUUCCUGGUACCACAUUGACCAACUUGUAAUCUGUUUACAAAUUGCAUUCACUUACAAUGUUAAUGUCAUUUAAUAGAUGGGCCGUAGGAUUUUACCUUUAACGCCAUUCUUUUUUUGUUACUUUGAUUUGUGCUAACACUUGUCACAACCUGCUGUUGUAACCCUAAACAUGCUGUUAAAGUGAUUGUGAGCUCGUUAUGCCAAAAGCUACAUUUUAGUGGCGUUUCUACUGCGAUGAGACUGCAUCUACUGAAAAUAAAAUACACGUUUUAAUUAAACAUGCUAUGGAUUCAAACCAGA